UUCCGUUUCCCGCGGAAGCCCCUCCCUGUUAGCCGUUAGCCACCUAGCUCUGAGACCGGACGACAGGAGGAGAAGCCGGGGGUGCGGAGGAGAAAAACACGGAGAACAGGAGGAGAUGGUCCCGGCGGAGGACGUCAGAGACACGCGGUGACCGGACAGCGAGUCCGCCGAAGAACGAAGCCGCUUCCCGGUGCGUGACUGCGGCUGAAAAGAGCCGAAGAGAAGUGGAAAAACAGGGAGCCCCCUCCCGACUGUCCCACUCCUCCUCCAGCCUUUCUUCACCUCACGAGCAGGAAGAAAACACGCGACUGUCUCUAUGACCAUGCAAUCAUUCCCUGCUCGCCCUCGCCGUUAGUGUCUGUGUUAGUGUGCGCGUGGGACUGGUCAGGAUGGGGUUUGGUCGAGAUCUGAGGAAUUCCCAUGAGGGUUUACUGAAGCUGCAGGACUGGGAGUUAAAGCUGCUGGAGACAGUGAAGCGAUUCAUGACUCUGCGGGUGAAGAGCGAUAAGGAGUACGCUGCUCUGCUGCUUAACAUGACUCAGCAAACUGAAAAACAGGAAGCUGCUGACUACGUCAGCACAGUCAGCAAGUCAUGGUCGCAGGUGAUUCGUCAGACUGAGGCGUUGGGGCGGGUGAUGAGGAGUCACGCUGACGAGCUGAACUCAGGUCCUCUGCACCGCCUCGCCACAUUGAUACGAGACAAGCAGCAGGUGAAGAAGAGCUACCAGAGUCUUCAUCAGCAGCUAGAGAGCCACAAUCACAAGGUAACCAGGAGUGACCUGGAGAAGCUGAAGGCGACGUAUCGUCAGUUGAGCCGUGACGCAAACAAUGCCAAAGAAAAAUACAAAGAAGCUCUGACAAAAGGCCGGGAGGCAGAGCGCGCCCGUGAGCGUUACGACAAAGUCACUGCCAAGCUGCACAACCUUCAUAACCAGUAUGUGUUGGCGGUGUGCGGUGCUAGAAAGCAGCAGGACGACCACCGACGCCACGCUGCGCCUGCUCUGCUCGACGCUCUGCAGAGGAUGCAGGAGGAUAUGACGCUCGCACUGAAGAGCAUCCUGGAGGAGUACUGUGAGAUCAGCAGUCUUCUGACCGACGACAUCGUUAAAGUUCAUCAGGAAAUCUCCGCAGCUGUUCAGCAGAUCGAUCCGCUCGCUGAGUAUCAACACUUCAUUGAUGCCUACAGGUCCCCAGAGACUCCGGAGCCGACCGUGGAGUUUGACACGACUCUAUUGGAGGAGACGGACAACCUGCCGGCCAACGAGAUCCUCUGGAACACGCUGACGGCUGACAGUCUGCAGGCCAUGAUGUCGUCAGCAACAGAGGAGCUGACACUCACUCAGCAGAACCUGAGGACGAAGGAGGCGUUGGCCGAUGACCUCGACAACAAGAUUCAGACAAGUCAGCAAGAUGGCGAGCGGAGGAGCGACUGUGUGCUGCUGCUCAGUCAGAAACUCUCUCUCCUCGAGCUCCGUCACGCUGUCCAAUCACUGCGUGGAUCCGAGGCUCGCCUCGCCUCCCAGAAGGCACUGCUGGACAACAAGAUGGCUGCUGCCACCACCUCCCCUCCACCACCACCGCCUCCCCCUGCACUGCCAUAUGAGGACGAUGCUCGUUCUGUGGGAUCUACCGAUAAGACGAAGGAGAAGACUUCUCGUUUCGACACGCUGCGUCACUCUCUCGCUGGAAUGAUUCGCUCUCCUAAAUCAAUGCUUGGCUCCUCCUCCUCGCAGUUCUUUGAUGUGAUCCCCACCUCGGACCGCCCCCUUGCGGAGCAGGAGUGGUAUCAUGGUGCUAUCCCGCGCACUGAGGCUCAGGAGUUGCUACGGCAACAGGGAGACUUCCUGGUGAGGGAGAGUCACGGUAAACCAGGCGAGUACGUCCUGUCGGUGUUUUCUGAUGAGCAGCGACGACACUUCAUCAUCCAGUUCGCCGACAAUCAGUACCGUUUUGAAGGGACAGGUUUCUCCACAAUCCCUCAGCUCAUCGAGCAUCAUUUCUCCACCAAGCAGGUCAUCACCAAAAAGUCUGGAGUUGUUCUUCUCAACCCCGUCGUCAAGGAUAAGAAGUGGAUCCUGAACCAUGAGGACGUGACGCUCGGGGACCUGCUGGGAAAGGGUAACUUUGGCGAGGUGUUUAAAGGGACACUGCAGCGCGACAAAACGCCGGUGGCUGUUAAAACGUGUAAAGAGGAUUUACCUCCAGAGCUGAAGAUCCGCUUCCUGUCUGAGGCCAGGAUACUGAAGCAGUACGACCACCCGAACAUCGUGAAGCUGAUUGGCGUUUGUACGCAGCGACAACCGAUCUACAUCGUCAUGGAGCUGGUUCCUGGUGGAGACUUCCUGUCCUUUCUCAGGAAGAAGAAAGACGAGUUGAAAACGAAGCAGCUUGUUCGCUUCUCUGUUGACGCUGCCGCCGGUAUGGCGUACCUUGAGAGCAAGAACUGCAUCCACAGGGACCUGGCGGCGAGGAACUGUCUGGUGGGGGAGGGCAGCGUGUUGAAGAUCAGUGACUUUGGGAUGAGUCGUCAGGAGGAUGACGGCAUUUAUUCUUCAUCCGGACUCAAACAAAUUCCCAUCAAAUGGACGGCGCCUGAAGCCCUGAACUAUGGUCGUUACAGCUCAGAGAGUGAUGUGUGGAGUUACGGGAUCCUGCUGUGGGAAACCUUUAGCCUGGGGGUGUGUCCUUAUCCUGGGAUGACCAAUCAGCAGGCUCGAGAGCAGGUGGAAAAAGGAUACAGGAUGGCGUGUCCUCAGCGGUGCCCUGACGAUGUGUACAAAGUGAUGCAGCGUUGCUGGCAGUACAAUCCUGAGGACCGACCCAAGUUCUCUGAGCUGCAGCGAGACCUCACCGCCAUCAAGAAGAAGUGAUGACAUCAUCAGAGACGGAAGAGGGUGAAGUCCCGUCCUCGGCAGCAGAACGCCAUCACAGCACGCCGUCAGAAAAGACGAGUCACUUUUGUGUCAGGUGGGCGUGGUCAGCAGGCGGACACAUGUUACAACCUCUGUUAAUAUUUAGCAUUUAGCUAAACUCUUUAAACUACAUUAUAAACAAGGUAACACUGUUGGGUGCUAACAAUGCCGGGAUGUUAGCAUGUAGCUAAACACUAACGUGACGUGUUGACACCACAGCGGAUCGAUCCAUAAUGCUCAGCUAAUAGCAUUACUACAUUACUACCUGCUACAUUCAUGAAUGAAGCAGGUUUUCUUGCUCUGUUUAAAUGUGUCUGAUUACACUGAAUUGAGUUAGAAUCUACAUCAAAGUCCUGAUCAGGAAUCAAUGAUCACACAUUGAUGAAUAAUAUUCAAAUAGAUAUCAGAUUCAAACGUAAACCAAAACUUUGUUAAAACUUAAAGAACAAAAAACACUAAAAUGUCAACACCGACCAGUCACAUGAUCAGUAAGCAUGACGUCAGUGUGCCGGUCAUGUGACCGGUUAGCGUUGUAGCUGUUGGCAAGUCACAUGAUCAGUUAGCGUGAUGUCAAUGUGAAGCUAAAAACACAGAAAAUAAAGUUUUACAAAAUAAGCUCAAAAUAAAGAGCGGCGCACUGCAGGUGUGAUGACACAGGUGACAGCCACGUCCCAUCACUACUGUAACCAUGGCAACGGAUUGAACACUAAAAAGGAUUCCACUGCUGAGGACCAAUCAGCUGUCAGCACUAAUAUAAACUGAUUAUUUUUAUUUAUUGUGUUUUUAUUAAUUUUAUUUCUUUUUAUGUUUGUCAUGUUUUAUUUUCUGACAGC